AUGUGGUGGCUCCUAGGACUCUUUUCGGCGCUCGUCGCAUUCGGUGGGGGCUCUACCUUUGCGCCAAACAAGGAGUUACUCGAAUGUGCAAGCCAGAUCCUGUAUAUGAACCACCACGCAUAUAAGAUUCCUGAAAACUACAAUAGAAACAUUCCACCUGGUAAAAACACAACAGUGUACAUCGGAAUUAAUGUCCAUCGAGUGUCUGGAGUUGACGAAAAUAAAGAGGAAAUAACCCUGGAUAUUUUCCUGCAAGUAUCAUGGGAGGAUGGCCAGUUGCAAAUCCCGCCAGGCAUGCCCUUCAUAGACCUUCCCUGGGAGUUUCGACAGUUAAUUUGGACGCCGGAUCUGUACAUUUGGCAACUGCAAACCAUGAGAACUAUGUCCGUAUUACAAGAGAUGGCUUCACUCAGGGUUUACUCAAAUAACACCGUAUCAGUCAACAUAGGAGCUACAAUUACAAUCAAAUGUCAAAUGGACUUUGUCCUUUACCCGUUGGAUGUGCAGAAAUGUGCCAUCGAUUUCGGCAGUUACAAAUACACAUCAGAAGACGUGCGUUUCGAGUGGCACGCGGGCGCGCCGUGGCGGGGCCUGGUCGGGAAGCAGCCCAACCAAUUCCGCCUGCCUAAAUACGUGGUCACAUUCGUCACGGACAAAAGUAAUCAUAUUCGAAAUUUUGGUGAAGGUGAACAUUCGGCGGCACGGUUGCAAAUCAAGUUGUCGAGGGAGCUACGCAGCUACCUCCUUGAGAGUUAUCUCCCGUCAUCGUUAUUCGUCAUAAUAUCGUGGGGGAGCUUCUGCGUAAUACCCGAGAUAGUUCCUGGUCGUAUGGUGCUCCUCGUGACUACACUUCUAUCCCUUAUCACAAUGUUUGACACAGUCAGUACAAACUCGCCAGACGCCCUGGAGCUGAAAUGUAUCGAAGUGUGGUUGAUCUCAUGCACGAUAUUCGUGUUCCUGGCUUUACUCGAAUACUUCGUGGUGCUGUUCGGCAUCCGCUACGACAAAAGCUGGUGUAAGCGACGGCAGGACUUGCGCAGGGCCCAUUCCGUAGCACAGCUCGCCCCUCCGCCUUUACACGUAAACCACUCACAGAGAAUGGGUACACCGGUGACAGGAACGCCUCAAGGCGGCGUCUUUUCACCGCAAAUUAACGUUGAGGACGAAGGUCUGAAGCAACAAUUCUCACAUCAAACAAUACAGAGGGAUUCACCUAUAUUGGAAACGAUGCCGCCAAAUGGGUCAUCAAGAGGCUUUCUAACGCGAGUUGCUACCAUGAUGGACCACGGUGUAAUGUUCUGUGGAGCACAACACGGGGCACUAGAUAAAAUCGCCCUUAUGGUGUUCCCUAUAUGUUUUUUUCUAUUUGCAGUAAUUUACUGGACCACUUAUCUUAGUGAAGCGCAUCGAGCUAUGCACGAGUAA